AUGAUACACCCGCUUCCGCCUCCCCUCCCCCUCCCAUCCGCAGCUCCCCCCCCCAUUCUGCAAGGGAUCUGGGAGCAACCCUGCUCACUGGAUGGAAUCAUUCAGUGUUUCUUUACAAAUCAUCUUACCCCUGGGAGCAGGCAAUGUUUGCUCACGGAACGACUUGAGACCUUUGAAAGAUGUUGUCUCCUCACUCCUGAAGGGACGGUCAGAGGGUGAUUGUUUCUGGACCCAGCUCUGUCACUGGAGGCCCUGGUCGCGUCAGUGGCUAGGGGUGCCUUUUACCAGUUGCACCUGGUAUGGCAGCUACGACCAUUCCUGGACCAGGAGAGUUUGGCCACAGUAGUUCAGGCACUGGUGACGUCAAGACUGGAUUGCUGCAAUGCACUCUAUGUGGAGCUUCCCUUGCACUCGUUCUGGAAAUUGCAGUUAGCGCUGAAUGCUGCAGCAUUGUUGCUGACAGGAGUGAGGCCCUGUCAGUUUAGAACACCUGUGCUAAGAGAUCCGCACUAGAUGCUGAUUUGUUACUGGGCCACGUUCAAGUUGUUGUCGUUAGUAAAGUCCCUAACAGCUUGGGACCAGUUUACUUACAGUAUCACCUUACCCUAUAUGUGCCAACUGGACCUCUUCAACCUGCGAAACUGGCAAUGUUACAGAUUCUGCACUUGUAAGAAACUGAUACUUUAGCAAGAAAGCACCUACACUUUGGAACUCCCUGCCUAUUGGCAUCAGUGAGGCGACUUCUCUGCACGACUUUUUCACGCCUGCGUAAAACAGCUGUGCUUCCAACUGUCUUCUGUUUAUGAUUUUUGUUUGUUUUUGUAAAUGGCUUAGAGGGCUUAUUACAAUCAAAUGGUAUAUAUAUUUUGUUAAAUGAAAAAAUAAAAUAAAAUUCAGCCACGGCUUCCCUAAAGAAGGGCGUUGGCAGCAGACCAAACAGCUCUUUCUGGUCCUGACAGAGGCAGAGGUCAAAGAUGGAACAGCAAGGCUCAACUGGCCUUGAAUCAGGAAAAAGCCCCUGUUUCCUCCAGGCAGGGAGCACUGGGGCAUUCUGGCAAACUAAUGUGCGGAAGAUCCUGGGUGGGGACACCACCAGCUCAGACAUUCAGCGCCAGCGCUUCAGGGAGUUUUGCUUCCAAGAGGCUGAGGGCCCUCGAGAGGUUUGUAGCCGACUCUACCACCUUUACCGUCAGUGGCUGAAGCCAGAAAGGCACACGAAGGCUCAGAUGCUGGACCUGGUGAUCCUGGAGCAGUUCUUGACUGUCCUCCCCCUGGAGAUGGAGAGCUGGGUCAGGGAAUGUGGGCCAGAGACCAGUUCCCAGGCAGUGGCCCUGGCAGAAGGAUUUCUCCUGAGCCAGGCAGAGGGGAAGAAACAGGAAGAGGAGCAGGUGUUUGCCAAAACAGCCACUGAAUUCCUCAAGGCCGAGGAGUCUCCGUCAGACACAGCUCAGAGGCCGCCAUUCAGGUGGAUCGUGCAGGAGGGUGAUGAAGGAGCCACUAAGGAUGAAAAUGGUUCGUCAUUCAGAGAUGGUGAAAUGACACUGGGGGCUCCUUCUAGGCUUCAUGCAUGUUGUGGAGUGGAGACGGCUUCUAUGCAGGGCCUGGUGACCUUUGAGGAGGUGACUGUGUGCUUCACUGAGCAGGAGUGGGCUCUUCUGAAUCCAAGCCAAAAAGCUCUGCACAGGAAAGUCAUGGAGGAGAAUUGGGUGAACCUGGCUUCUGUGGGGCUCCAGGUAUCCAGAUCUGACCUCAUCUCCUGGCAGGAAGAAGAUCCAUUUGUUGAGGGCUCCAAGGAAGGAGAGAAAUCAGCAGGUGAUGGGAAGGAAAGGUAUAUAAAAGAAGAACAGCAGAUAAGGGAAACUGAAGAAAAACACAAGUGGGGGAACAGAUCCAUUGCUUUUGAAGGAGAUGACUUCCCGGAAAUUCCAAUACCACUACCAGAAAAAUGUUGUGAAGGAAACAAAUGGAAUAUUGAUAAUGGGGAGACACUGUAUAAAUGUUCUGAGUGUGGAAAGAGCUUCAGUCAGCAGAUACUCCCAACUAAUCCUACAGGAGAGAAAAUCUAUAAAUGCUUGGAGUGUGGAAAGCAAUUCAGUCGCAGCUCAGACCUUAAUUCACAUCAAAGAAUUCACACAGGCGAGAAGCCCUAUAACUGCUCAGAGUGUGGAAAGAGUUUCAGGCAGAUCUCACACCUUAAAAGACAUCAAACAAUUCACACUGGGGAGAAGCCGUAUACAUGUUUGGAGUGUGGGAAGCAAUUCAGUCGUAGUUCAGACCUUAAGUCGCAUCAAAGAAUCCACACAGGGGAGAAGCCCUAUAAAUGUUCAGCAUGUGAAAAGCAAUUCAGUCGUAGUUCAGAGCUGAAUUCACAUCAAAGAAUCCACACAGGGGAGAAGCCCUAUAAAUGCUCAGAGUGUGGAAAGAGUUUCAGACACAGCUUGAGCCUUACCUUACAUCAGAGAAACCACAUGGGGGAGAAGCCUUAUGAAUGUCUGGAGUGUGGAAAAAGCUUCAGCCUGAACUCAAACCUUCAUAAACAUCAAAGAAUCCACACAGGAGAGAAGCCCUAUGUGUGUACAGCAUGUGGAAAGAGUUUCCGUCAGAGCACAUACCUUAAAAGACAUCAAAGAAUACACACAGGGGAAAAGCCCUACAACUGCUCAGAAUGUGGAAAGAGUUUCAGUCGCAGCACGCACCUUAAAAGACAUCAAAGAAUUCACACAGGGGAGAAGCCGUAUAAGUGCUUUGAAUGUGGAAAGCAAUUCAGUCGCAGCACACACCUUAAGAGACAUCAGACAGUUCACACAGGCGAGAAGCCCUAUAAAUGCUUAGAGUGUGGAAUGAUCUUUCAUCCUGGCAAACAGAACCCUGAAAGUCCUUGUGCAGGUUGCAUUUCUGUCUCCUUUGGGUGGGAUUUGAGCUCCCACUCUGUUUCCCCACUGCAGAGUUCUUUCCCUCUAACCUAACAGACAGCUCACACCAUGGCGUCUUCUGAGCUUCCUAUUGCAGCUUCUAGGAGGCCCCUUCUCUUCCAGAACAAUUCUUCCCUUCAACGGGCACCAAUACAACUGUGUUCCACAGAGUGCUUUGGUAACUCUUUGUGGGACCAUUGUUCCCACAACAGGACACACCCUUUCUAUGAGGGAUCUCAUGGAUUCUCAAAGGUCCCAUUCACUAGAACUGGGGGCUGGGUGGCUUGUGAUUGAAAUGGCAGCCUGCCUUCUCUGUGUGACUACAGAACAUGAGAAGAGUCCUGCUGGAUCAGACCAACGGCUAUCUAACCUAGCAUCCUAUUUCACGCAGUGGCCAAUCUGAGCAGCCCCCAAGCAGGACAUGAACGCAAUAUUAAUCUCCUACUCAUGGUUCCCAGUGACUGGUACACCAUAAGGACUAGUAGCCUUUGAUAGCCUUAUCCUUCAUGAGUUUGUCUAAAUGUAAAUGUACUGCCUUCAAGUCGAUUCCGACUUAUGGCGACCUUAUGGAUAGGGUUUUCAUGAGGCUGAGAGGCAGUGACUGGCCCAAGGUCACCCAGUGAGUUUCAUGGCUGUGGGGGGAUUUGAACCCUGGUCUCCCAGGUCGUAGUCCAACACCUUAACCACUACGCCACUGUCUAACCCUCUCUUAAGGCGGUGAAUUUCAGUUUAGCUUUGCAUUGUGUGAAGAAGUACUGGCAUUUUCUUUGGCCAAUGGAGUUGGGUGUGUCAGCUGUAUGGACCCCUUUCUGAAAGCAUAUUUAUACCUUGUGUAUGGAAGAGUGUAUGGGACAAAUUAAGUGAUUCUGUCGCUUUCCUACCUGUUCAUUAGUGCCUUGCAUGAUGGCUAAUCUGGGUGCCACUGUGGAGAGCACAGUCAUGGUUACUGGGUCGUGACCAUGUUGCUGAGGGCCAUUGCUGUUGCAACAUUAUAUGUUGAUGUCACUAGUUGCACCAGGGAAAGCUCUGGCAAAGCAGGAUCCAUCUUAAAUGGAUAAUCCUGCCCAUUAGAUGCCCAAGAAUGAAGGCUCAUCUUUCCUGCUCCCGAGACCUUCUCUCCUUAUACAUUUAUCCAUUGAGAAUCCACCCACCUCCAACCAUCCCUCCCUCUCAGAGAGGCAUGUAGCCUUGGCUUGAUAUUUUUCUCCUCUCCUUUGUUUGCCCGUAGUCAGUUGGUUGUCCAGUUGUGGCACUCCUUUGUCUCAGCAAAAACUCUGGACCACACCCUGGUUAUUUCCCGCCUGAAUGGCUGCAACAUUCUCCUCUCUAGUCUUCUGUCUCUUCACCUUGGUCCCCCGUGCCCAUCAAGCCCUCUUCUGCCAGAGCCAUUCACCUCUUUUGUCUCUUAUCCUCGAUGUCCUUCCUUAAAAUCUUAUCUGCUCCUGGGUCCAUCACAAUCUCCUUGUCCUUGCCUUCAAAUCCCUCCGUGGCAUUACCCCUCCUCAGUCUCUCUGCUCUUCACUCCUCCUGCAUAAGUCUCCUCCCUCAACAGACUCUGCCCUUUCUUCUGCAAAGCUGGGACCACCUCCCUGGAUGAUGCCAUCCCCUUACUUCAAGGAAGCCCUUAAGACCUAGUUUCUCCUUGAUGCCUUUGGCACAGUUCACUUUCAUUCCCACAGAGCAGGUAUAACUGGAAUAAGCCCGCAUAUAUUCUCUUGUUUUUCCUUAACAAGUCCCUUAAAAAAAAGCAAAUAAUUAACAGUUGAACUAUUGGGCAAAGAAAGUGGGGAAAACAAUCUGUGAGAGGCACUUACUACAGACCCCUGUUGUCUUUUUAUUUCUUGGGAGGUGCCGUCGCUCAGCGGUAGAACAUCUGCUGUGCGUGCAGAAGGUCCCAGGUUCAAUCCCCAGGUAGGGCUGGGAAUGUCCCCUGCCUGACACCCUGGAGAGCUGCUGCCAGUUAGAGUAUCAGACAAUACUGAGCUGGAUGGUUCAACGGGGCUGACUCAGUAUUAAGGCUGCUUCCUAUGUACCUAAUGUCUUGCAAGUAAAGCAUGGGCAUGCAGUCAGCUUCAGGUCACAGGUCCUAAACUCAUCAGACACAGAGAAUCAAUCUGCUCACUUCCCUUCCAAACUGUAGUAACAGAAUCAUGCAAUUUGUGGAUCUCAGACCAGCCUUCUGAAUAAUGCACCCUGCAUGGUGAUGCUAUAGGAAUACUCACUUUCACAAAAACCAUACCUGCCAAAUUUGUGCAUACCUUUGGAGUCCCAACAAGUCCUACCAAGUGCCUCUAUUUUGGAUAUUGUGCAGAGGUCAGUCAGCUUCCUGUAGAGUAAGAGUGGCCAACUCUGUCGGUCUGGGGGCUGCAUUCACCCUUAGAGAGUCCUACAGGGGCUACAUGCCUGCAAUUGAUCAGGCUGUCUCGCACUCUCUCCCACACAGGCACACAAUGCAGAUUAACUGAGGAGGUGGGUUCUGAUUCAGUGAAAAAUGUUUCCUGCUGCCAUUAAAACGAGGGGCGGAGGGGGAGAGGGAAAAAUCAUGUAUGGAUGUCUUAUCAGGUCACUAACCUGGUUGAGGUGAAGGACAAGGUGGUACUUCCUCCUCCUGCCUACAGAAGCCAAUCAGACUGGCAGUUGAAUUUCACUUCUGGUUGAAGGGAGAGCACCCUCCAAUGCACCUGAGGGCAGUGUACUGGGCAGGCCAUGGCACACACACACACAGAGCUCCAUCUUCCUACCACCCAGCAUCUGUGGCCUGAGCCAGUUGUUGCACUCUGCCCAACGUGGGAGGAUGGGAGGGAAGGAAAGCUAACAGUAUGAAUCAACUAGGGGAAGUGUUAUAUUUUCUUGUGCUGGUUUUGUAUUCAGGUUUUUUUGUGGUAAAGGUAAAGGUGUCCCUGCACUUGUAGUGCGAGUCGUUUCUGACUCUUAGGGUGACGUCUUGCGACGUUUACUCGGCAGACCGUAUAUAUGGGGUGGGAUUGCCAGUUCCUUCCCCGGCCUUUCUUUACCCCCCAGCAUAUGCCAGGUACUCAUUUUACCAACCACGGAUGGAUGGAAGGCUGAGUGGACCUCGACCCCUUUUACCGGAGAUUCGACUUCCUCCUUUCGUUAGAAUCGAACUCCGGCCGUCAGCAGAGCUUUCGGCUGCGUUACCACCACUUACCACUCUGCGCCACGGAGGAUUUUUUGUGUGUGGUAGUUGUGUCUAAAUGGUUUUGUGAACAAUAGAAGAGCCUGCUGGAUCAGGCCAAGGGGGGCCUACUUAGUCCAGCGUUUUGUUCUCACAGUGGCCAACCAGAUGCACAUGGGAAACCCACAACCAAGGCCUGAGUGUGACAGCCUCACUCAGCCACUGGUCUUCAGAGGAGCAUUCCCUCCAGCAGUGGGCACAGAACAUCACUAUCAUGUAGACAAUAGUAGAACAUAGCUAUUGUGGUUUUAUUGUCAUGCUUUUCAUUCUGUUCUGUACAACACCUAGAGAAGGAGGCGUUAAUGAGGCAACUCAUUAAAAAAUGUAAUAGAACAAAGACAAAGAGUAUCUAAGAACAGAGACAGCCAUCCUCCGAGUUGAAGGUGUUACGUUAUGGUGUGUUCCUACUGCUUCAGUCGAGCCACGUUUUGGAUUACAACCCCCAUCGGCACCACAGUGGCGCAUAAAGUUGUAAAGGAUGAAUCGGCAUGGGCCCCAGGCAAACUUCCUUGCAGGAGUGUCCUAAAGUUGAGGCACCCACCAAGCAGGCCUGCUUUUCAUAAAUUGUAAAAGGUUUUAUAUUGUGUCAAAAGACCGCCAGACAAAGCUGUUUAUGUAGCCAGGUGACAGUGGGGGGAAAGGAAAAUUGUGCCCGAAUGAAAGCAAAACUCUUCAACCUUUUUUUCUCACUCUUGGAAAAAAUUGUGGCCUUUCUCCAGUCUUUUGAAUGCAAAUGUCUCCUCUUACCGGACAGAUUCCCAACUGUAAUUGGAGAUGCUGCAUUCAUACGGGGGUGUGUGGUUGUGUGUGAAUGUCCAACACAGCUGAAACCUGGAUGGAGGUGUCUGAGUCAAUGUCUUCAAUGAAAACCAGUUGUUAUUUGGAACACUUACCUGCCGAGUAGACAGCAGACUAUCAUGGCACCGCAAGUCAAAGUAGUUUGUAGAAUUAAAGUGCCCAAACCUGAUUGGCAGGCAAAGAUGGAUUGGGGGAGCAUCCUAAAGAUGAGGCACGCAAACUCUCAUCUAUUAGGCAGCCUCACGUGGGAGUCAGAAGUCCUUGAGAUAUCCUGGUACCAAGCUAUAUAGUCAUGGAUCAGGACCAGCGCCUUGAAUCUGGGCUCCCCUCUCUCAAAAGAGGCACUUCUGACCCCCACCAGAAGUUGGUGAAAACCAUCCUUUUUAACAAAGCACUUGGGUUGUAAAUGGCUGUUUUAUUUGUACUAGAUUUAAUCUUCUGAACCACUGCUGUGGGUGUAGCUGUGCUGUUUUCAGUAUCUUCAUGUUUUUGUGUCCUUAUAUUUUAAAUGGCUGAAUUGUGCUUUGCUUCUGUUGUUUUGCUCAACUACCUUAAGCUUUUUCUAAGGAAAGGCAGGGUAUAAAUGUUUAAAAUAAAACAGAAAUAAACUUUGCAUUGUGUCUGGAAAUGCAAUGGGAGCUGUAAAGCUGUUUUAAAAGUGGGCCAGUCAGCAACCUAGCUGACAUAUUUUUGAACCAAUAGACAUUUCCAAGUAGUCUCCAAAGGCAGCCCCAUAACACAAUGUGUUGGAGUAAUCUAACCUGCAUUUCACCACAUAUGGGUAAUCACGUGCAGGAGGACCCACGGAUGCCACAGCACCCUAAGUUACAGAAGGUGCUUUAUGUCACAGUAGCUACCUGGCCAUCCAAAGGAGGAUACUAUUGUUUCUGCUGUUAUGAAUUUAUUUUAUUGCACUGAUAUCCUGCCUUUCCUGCUAGCAAGGCACGGAGUUAACACCCACCCCCAGAUGUGAGAACCUUCUAGAGGAGUGCACCUCCAUCCGUGCUGACAAAACUGAGCCUGGCAGAACCUCAUAUUGUGCCAUUUGCCAAGGUGCUGAUCAGCAAUCCCUUAGCACCAGCUGCUGCAUGUGAACUGCCGCAUAAGGACACCAAGUGCAGGGUGAUUUUUCUACAGCUUUGCUCACCUGGGGACCUAGGAAGUUGCCUUACACUAAGACCGUUAGUCCAUCUCCAAGGUUUCAGGCAGGGGGCACUCCCAUCCCUACCUGGAGAUGCCACUGGAGACUGAAC